CCCACAUCUAAGCCCACCGAGCCCGUUCUUGACUCUAGGUUGUUUCGCUGAUUUACUUCGAGCAAUGGCCACUCUCGCAUCCCGUCCCUCGGUGUCUUCUCCGCUCGCCCGCCCCGCAUCUAUCGACGGCCCCGCAUACCUCCCCGCACGUCCGCAGCCAAAACGCAACCUCUCCAUCACUCCCGUGCACUUCCCCACCUCGCGCCCACUACGGCCGUUCCCGAGCAUUGCGCAACCGCUUUCGCCGCUCUCUCCCACCUCUUCGCGGAAAGCAAUCAAAAUCAUCGAGCCUCCAAAGAACUUCAAGUCCGAGUUCGUCCUGAAUCUCACCCAGGCUGAGUUCAGUCGCCAGGACUGAGCCCGAGCUGCGCGGACGGGUAGGGAUGGGUGUGGUUGAGCCGCGGGCAAGUGUGGUGAUGGUGUGGAGGACGCGUGCGGCAGCACAGGGAGCUCCAAAAUCCGAGCUACGAAGUGACCGCGGCUCUAAUCAGCUGCGAUAACUACUCAGCGACGAGUAUCAGUCUCAGGGCGAUAAUGACGCCUGUUCGUGUUAUGCUUGCGGUAUCAAGUUCAGAACGCGCCCAAAACUGCGCACGAUGUUCGCCGACGCUUUCCUCGUCGUUGCCACUCCAGCUGUCCGGCUCCACUCUAUCCAUAUCAACGUGUCUCUUACCAACAACCGUUCGUGUCACAUAUGUCGCUGUUUCGACCUGCAUACACGCUCUGUCGGCGCUGGUCAGACUCGCCUCACUCUUCGCAAUCCUUUUUCUCGACCCACCUACCUUACGCCAGGCACUGUAGACUAGACAAAAAGCCAACGUGUGUUUCCUGCAUUUCUCAGGUCUUCCUAUUUUCCAUUCUCAUGCAGAUACCCCGCCACAUCCUACAUAUUCUCUACCUUACCCAUGUCCCACUGUUCGUAGUGCAUUUUCUCGCCUCAGUCGAUCUUUGACUCGCAUCAAGAGUCAUCUACACUUCUCCUACCGCGCAGCCUUCCUCUUCUUUCACCUUGACGCGUUUGAUUCUUCCUGGUCCGGUGUUCAACGUGCCGUGUAUUUUUACAUUACAUGUUUUAUCUUUACUACUCUUAACCUUUCU